UUAAUUUUGUUUGGGGGUGUUAGUGAUGUAGAUGGAUGAGUCAGCAACGGUGAUGACAUGGAAGCUGACUAGGGUGACACCCGAGAAAAUGGAGAGGGUUCUUUCGACAGCACCCGUCUCACGUGCGGAAGGCUACAUGCUACAGGCCAUCCAAUUCUGUUAAGCAAUGAUGUCUUGUAGUGAAUGUUAGGUUCUCUUUGUAUUUUGAUGAUGAUUUAAAACUAUGAUUCAAAAGAGUUUAAUCUAUUUUUGUGCUAAGUGUGCAGGAAAAUUAAUCCAAGCCUCUUUCAAACAGAAAAAUCAUAAAAUUUCCUUGGCUUAUCCCUAAAUCUACUCAAGUUUUGAAGAGAUUUUUGGAGAUUGAAAGUCAUCAACAAGAGGCACAAAAGAAGAGUUCGAAAUUGAUUCAAAGUGGGGAGUUCUAAACUCAAAAGGUAUGAAUCUAGACUUGAAAAGGGGUAGAUGUGGGGAAAACUAAGAAACCCCAUUUCAAAUAGGAUUGGGUUGUUAUCUUAGGGAUUGGGAUUUGAGUAUUAGAAGCACAUUAGGAUUGGGUUUUACUUUUGUCUAUAAAAAGGAGGGGCUUUUGGCUUCUAAGGGGAUGGGAAAUUGGAGGAAGAGAGAUUGGAAAAUUGGGAAGAGAAGGAGAGAAAUCUGAGAGUGUGAAGCAAAGGAAGGAGGAAAUCUUGUAUUUGAAGUUUACAUCAAAUAAAUAAAUUGGCUUUUCUUCAUUACAGAGUAAUUUAACAAAAUCAAUUACUGUCAUUUUAAGUUUAGGUUAUCAUUUAGAAGCUGCUGUUUGGGUGAGGAUAUGGGUACUGUGAUUUAGUUUGUGCUCCGGUAAUCUGAAAUAAUGAACAGAUUUUGUUUUU